AUGCUCGGCAGUGCCCCGAGGGCUCUUCCAGGCAGGGAAGGCGCUGCUGCAGCGGGAUCGCCAGGCCGCCCGGCCCAGCCGAGGCCGGGCUCUCACGGCACCGGCGGCGCCCCCACGGGACGCAUCGCUGCGCCGGCGAUCGACUCGCCGUGCCUGCGGCGCGGGGCGGUGGCGGGGGCGGUGCAUCGGGCGGCCGGGGAUGUAUUAGCCGCGCCUGGGAAGAUGGCGGCCGCGGAGAGAGCGGAGCAGCCGGGGCAGGCUGGCUCCUGCCCUGCGACUGAGAGCGCUGUGUCCCGGGAGCCGCUGAUUGUGACAGCAGUGAAAUUUUUACAGAAUCCACGAGUCCGCCAAAGUCCUCUUGCAACCAGAAGAGCAUUCCUGAAGAAGAAAGGCCUGACAGAUGAAGAAAUCGACCUGGCUUUCCAGCAGUCGGGCACGAGCACGGAGGAACCACAGUCCCCAGGUCCUUCCACACAGCCGGUGCCAGCUCAGCCUCCUCACCCCAUGGUGCACAGUCCCCCUGGCUCCAGAUGGCGAGAUUACGGAGCUUUGGCUAUCAUAAUGGCAGGAAUUGCCUUUGGAUUCCACCAGCUCUACAAGAAAUACCUGGUCCCUCUCAUCAUGGGAGGCAAAGAAGACAGGAAACAACUUCAGAGGAUUGAGUCAAACAUUUCUGAGAUGAGUGGCAGUGUGACACAGACAGUGACUCAGUUACAGACAACCUUAGCAGCUGUCCAGGAGCUGCUAAUCCAGCAGCAACAGAAAAUCCAAGAGCUCACCCAAGAACUGGCUGCUUCUAAGGCCACAACUUCCACCAAUUGGAUUCUGGAGUCACAGAAUAUUAAUGAAUUGAAAUCUGAGAUCUACUCCUUAAAAGGACUUCUCCUGAACCGGAGGCAGUUCCCUCCCUCCCCUUCAGCUCCCAAGAUCCCGUCAUGGCAGAUCCCGGUGAAGCCAAGCUCACCCUCCAACCCUGUGGUGGCCAACCACAACAGCAGCAGUGACAUCUCACCGGUCAGCAACGAGUCCACCACGUCCUCCCCAGUGAAGGAGAGCCACAGUCCAGAGGGCUCCAAGGGCAGCUGCCACCUGCUCAGCCCUGAGGAGGCCACCACGGCCGUCAUCGACGUCACGAGCCAGGUGCGGAUGGAGGUGCAGGGGGAGGAGGAGAAGCGGGAAACCAAAAGGAAUGAUGAGGAGGAGGAGGACGAUGAGGAUGAUGAUGUUAGCCAUGUGGAUGAGGAGGAGUGUCUGGGUGUCCAGACUGAGGACCGGCGAGGAGGGGAUGGUCAGAUUAACGAGCAGGUGGAAAAGCUACGAAGACCUGAGGGGGCCAGCAACGAGAAUGAGAUUGACUAAGGCACCCCGGCUGCUGCUGCUGCUGCUGCACAUCUUCCCUGGCCUGCUGCACUGUCCCCAGUGCCUCUCCUAUUUCGUGGAGAGAAAAGCUACCAUUCCCUGCAGUGAUUCCCCCUUGACUGACCUUGAGCAGGGUCGUGAUUGCUCGGUGAACAACACGAUUGCCCUGUUUCACCACAGGGCUUGGCAGUCUUGCAGUGGCUCCUUCUCCCUGCCCAGCCCUCCUUCCCGUGAGCUGGGGUCACUGCUGGCCUGGCAGACCCAUGGCCUUGCCAUGUACCACAGCUACAGAAUACGCCCCCUUACAGAAGCAGUUGGCCUCUUGCUGCAUCCUAGAGCCCAUCUAGCCAACUUCAGAACCAGUCUGUCCUGAGCUCCUUGAUUUCACAAGCCUUUAAUCCUGCAUAAGGCCCAAACCAGUUCUGUUUCCCAAAAUAACCCUGUUUUAUUUCUCAAACUACUUGAUACUCUGUUGCAAAAAAAAAAAACAAACCCCUGACCGACCAAAAAAACCCCACCAGACCAUUUUAACCUCAAAUUCCUCACCAGAUCUCAAUCUUGGCUCUUCCGAGCUUUAUGCCAAGCCUCAAAUUGCUGAAACUACCUAGCAUGUAAAAGCACUAAAUUUCUGUGGGGUCCAAAGAAUGCCAUUUCCACUCCACGUGCUUACAUUCAUCAGAGUGGCCUGUUGGUAGGGACCAAGUCCAGGUGCCAUGGCCGCAGUUAAAUCCUUGAGAAUAGGUGGCUUUGUUGAUGAUUGCUCCCCAGUAAAAGGCUUUAGAAGAAGCUGACUCCACUCAUCCCAAUUAUUACCCUUCCUCCUCCAAAGACAGGGAGCUCACAUCAGUUUUUGACAUCUUCUAUUUUAUUUAUAGCUGCCCUGAAUGAAUUAAUGAAUGAACAAACGAAUAGGGUGAAAUCAGAUGCUGAAAUAGUUGGUUAAUUCUGAAUAUUUGGAAUGGUUUUUAGCCUUUUUUUCUCCUUAAAUGAGAAGAAAAAUGAUCAUAAAUGGUACCUCUCCAGUGACAGGCACCUGCUUCAGCAAAGCAGUCUCUCUAGCAGGGAGAAUAGCUCCAGUUCUGAGGUUUAACCACUGGCCCUUCUUGCCCAGUCCAGCCUUUUUUUUUUUUUUUUGCCCCGUUGGGCUGUACAGAAAGCAGUGAAUUUUAAACCUCUGGCAGUUUGCAGCAUUGUGUUUGCAGCUGGUGAAGUGGUGGUGUCCAAUGAUCCUGUUCACUGCAUCAGAGCAUCUUAGCAGAGCAAUUCUUGUAACAACUGAGUCUCACUGUCCUCACCAAGCAAGUGUGCUUGUCUGUGUGAUCAUGUAUAGAUUUCAAAUAUAAAAUAUGAUUGUAUAUAAUUGUAAUAAAUAUGAGUUACCACUAUUUAACACCA